AUGGCAGACACCGGAUCAGGAAAGUUGAAGAUAGCAGUGAAUCACAAAAAAGAAACAUUGUUCAAUCUGUCUGCUCAAUAUUUACUAGAUUUCAUCAGGAUAAAAAUAAUUUUAGUAGAAUUAGAAGCGGAUUUCGGAGAUGAUACUGGUGAGAUCGCCUUCGGGGAUGAUGCAGGUGAUGUGGCUUUUGGAGAUGAAGAUGGUGAGUUGUUGCUAAUCGGAGAACGUGCUGUUGGAGGAGCAAACGAUGGUGAUGAAUUCGGAGAUGAUGUAGAGCGUGGAGCAGGCAUUGAUUUUUGA